AUGGAAAACAUUCGUGGCGUUGAAGGUUCCCUCAAAGAAGCUCACGACCACGAAACUAGUCUGAGCAAUGAGAUUGAAAAGUUGCGUCGCGGAAUCUCCGAGUUGGAAGAAGCGAAGCAGCGAGAGGUCGCUGAGCUCAAAGAUUCAUUGGCGUCUGCGGCUGAAAAGCACCGAGCUGAAAUUGCCGAGUUGAUGCAGGAACAUGAUGAAAUCGUGUCGUCAACUCGAAAGCAGCAACUGAUUGAGCUGGAAGCUAUGAAAACAAAAUUCGAGCUGGCUCGCGAGGAAGCGGAUAGUCUACGUCUCAAAAAUGACACAUUGGAAAAGCAACUGGAUCAGCUCGAUGAGACUUAUACGCUAGAACGCACUCAAUCAGAAAAAGCUUUACAAAAGCAAAUAGAAGAUCUCAAUGAAAAGCUGAGAAGUCAAGAAGCAACACAUCAAAGUCAAAAUGAAGCUGAUAUAGCUGGCAUGCGGGAUUCGUACACUAGACUUUGCGAGACCAAUGAUGACCUGAAAAAGAAGCUCGAAGAACUUACCAACUCUUCUGACCAGCAAAUAUCAGAGUAG